GGGAGAAGACGGGAGGGAAGGGGUUAGGCGGCCGGACGUGGUCGCGAGGGCGCGCGCGCGGGUGGGGCGGAGUUGGGGGACGCGGCUGAGUCUGCCGACACCUCCCCGACUCACGGUCCGCGGGCGGCGAGGGAGACCCCCGAACCCGCGGCGAGCUCGGUAGGCCCUGGGCCUCGGUGGAAACCGGAGUGUGUGGGGGAGGGGCCGCUGUUGCUUCCUGGCUGCCGACUGAGGCGGAGGCAGCGCCGCGUCUGCGUCACGUGACACCCAAAAAGGCGGAGAGAGGCGGAAAAAAAAGUGUGCAAAGAUGCACGGGGGAGCGCCGUCCGGGGACAGCGCGUGCCCGCUGCGCACCAUCAAGCGCGUGCAAUUCGGCAUCCUGAGCCCGGAUGAGAUGAAACGGAUGUCAGUGACGGAAGGGGGGAUCAAAUACCCUGAGACAACAGAAGGGGGCCGCCCCAAACUGGGGGGCCUGAUGGACCCUCGGCAGGGUGUCAUUGAAAGGACAGGACGGUGUCAGACCUGUGCAGGCAACAUGACAGAAUGCCCUGGCCAUUUCGGACACAUUGAGCUAGCCAAGCCUGUCUUCCACGUCGGCUUCUUGGGCAAGACGAUGAAGGUUCUACGUUGCGUCUGCUUUUUCUGCUCCAAGCUGCUGGUUGACUCUAACAAUCCGAAGAUCAAAGACAUCCUGGCCAAAUCCAAAGGGCAACCGAAGAAGCGUUUGACCCACGUCUACGACCUUUGCAAAGGCAAGAACAUCUGCGAAGGUGGGGAGGAGAUGGACAACAAGUUUGGAGUGGAGCAGGACCAAGGCGAUGAAGACAUCACAAAGGAAAAGGGUCAUGGCGGCUGCGGGCGCUACCAGCCGAGGAUCCGACGGUCGGGCCUGGAGCUCUACGCCGAGUGGAAACACGUGAACGAGGACUCUCAGGAGAAGAAGAUUCUGCUGAGCCCCGAACGGGUGCACGAGAUCUUCAAGCGCAUCUCGGACGAGGAGUGCUUCAUCCUUGGCAUGGACCCCAAGUUCGCCAGGCCCGAGUGGAUGAUUUGCACGGUGCUCCCGGUCCCGCCACUGUCUGUCCGCCCCGCUGUUGUCAUGCAAGGCUCUGCCAGGAAUCAGGACGACUUGACUCACAAGCUGGCCGACAUUGUGAAGAUCAACAACCAGCUGCGGAGGAAUGAGCAGAACGGCGCAGCCGCCCACGUCAUCGCCGAAGACGUCAAGCUGCUGCAGUUCCACGUGGCCACCAUGGUGGACAACGAGCUGCCUGGGCUGCCCCGUGCCAUGCAGAAAUCGGGGAGGCCCCUGAAGUCCCUGAAGCAGAGGCUGAAGGGGAAAGAGGGGCGCGUGCGAGGGAACCUGAUGGGAAAGCGAGUGGACUUCUCGGCCCGGACGGUCAUCACCCCGGAUCCCAACCUCUCCAUCGACCAGGUGGGCGUGCCCCGCUCCAUCGCGGCCAACAUGACCUUCGCCGAGAUAGUGACGCCCUUCAACAUUGACAGGCUGCAGGAGCUGGUGCGCAGAGGGAACAGCCAGUACCCCGGAGCCAAGUACAUUAUCCGGGACAACGGCGACAGGAUUGACCUCCGCUUCCACCCCAAGCCCAGCGACCUCCACCUGCAGAUAGGGUACAAGGUAGAACGGCACAUGUGUGACGGCGACAUCGUCAUUUUCAAUCGACAGCCGACGCUGCACAAGAUGUCCAUGAUGGGGCACAGAGUGCGCAUCCUGCCGUGGUCCACCUUUCGCCUCAAUCUCAGUGUGACCACCCCGUACAAUGCCGACUUUGACGGCGACGAGAUGAACCUGCACCUCCCCCAGUCCCUGGAGACGCGGGCGGAGAUCCAAGAACUGGCCAUGGUGCCCCGUAUGAUUGUCACGCCUCAGUCCAACAGGCCCGUCAUGGGCAUCGUGCAGGACACCCUGACGGCGGUCCGCAAGUUCACCAAGAGAGACGUCUUCCUAGAGAGGGGUGAGGUGAUGAACCUGCUGAUGUUCCUCUCCACCUGGGACGGCAAAGUGCCCCAGCCGGCCAUCCUCAAGCCUCGCCCUCUCUGGACCGGGAAGCAGAUCUUCUCCCUCAUCAUCCCAGGACACAUUAACUGCAUCCGUACGCACAGCACCCACCCGGACGAUGAGGACAGCGGCCCCUACAAGCACAUCUCUCCCGGAGAUACCAAGGUCAUCGUGGAGAACGGGGAGCUGAUCAUGGGCAUCCUCUGCAAGAAGUCGCUGGGCACCUCUGCCGGCUCCCUGGUCCACAUCUCCUACCUGGAGAUGGGCCACGAUGUCACCCGCCUCUUUUACAGCAACAUCCAGACGGUUAUCAACAACUGGCUGCUGAUCGAAGGCCACACCAUUGGGAUCGGGGACUCCAUUGCUGAUGCCAAGACCUACCAAGACAUUCAGAACACCAUCAAGAAGGCCAAGCAGGAUGUCAUAGAGGUGAUUGAGAAGGCCCACAACAACGAGCUAGAGCCCACCCCCGGCAACACGCUGCGCCAGACCUUUGAGAACCAGGUCAACAGGAUCCUGAACGACGCCCGAGACAAGACCGGCUCCUCCGCCCAGAAGUCUCUCUCCGAGUACAACAACUUCAAGUCCAUGGUGGUGUCGGGAGCCAAGGGCUCCAAGAUCAACAUCUCGCAGGUCAUCGCCGUGGUGGGGCAGCAGAACGUGGAAGGGAAGCGCAUCCCCUUUGGCUUCAAGCACCGGACACUGCCCCACUUCAUCAAGGACGACUACGGCCCCGAGAGCAGGGGCUUCGUGGAGAAUUCCUACCUGGCCGGUCUCACCCCAACCGAGUUCUUCUUCCACGCCAUGGGAGGCCGAGAGGGGCUGAUCGACACGGCUGUCAAAACAGCUGAAACAGGUUACAUCCAGCGGCGGCUGAUCAAGUCCAUGGAGUCCGUGAUGGUGAAGUACGACGCCACAGUGCGCAAUUCCAUCAACCAGGUGGUGCAGCUGCGCUACGGUGAGGACGGUCUAGCAGGGGAGAGUGUGGAGUUCCAGAACCUGGCCACGCUCAAGCCUUCCAACAAGGCCUUUGAGAAGAAGUUCAAAUUCGACUACACCAACGAGCGGGCUCUGCGGCGCACCCUGCAGGAGGAGAUGGUGAAGGACAUCCUCAGCAACGCCCACAUCCAGAACGAGCUGGAGAGGGAGUUCGAGAAGAUGAAGGCCGACCGGGAGGUGUUGAGGGUCAUCUUCCCUACGGGAGACAGCAAGGUGGUUCUCCCAUGCAACCUGCUGCGCAUGAUUUGGAACGCGCAGAAGAUUUUCCACAUCAACACGCGCCUGCCCUCCGACCUGCACCCUAUCAAGGUGGUGGACGGCGUGAAGGAGCUCAGCAAGAAACUGGUGAUUGUCAAUGGGGACGACCCCCUCAGCAAGCAGGCGCAGGAGAACGCCACGCUCCUCUUCAACAUCCACCUGCGCUCCACGCUCUGCAGCCGGCGGAUGAUCGAGGAGUUCCGCCUGAGCGGGGAAGCCUUUGACUGGCUGCUGGGCGAGAUUGAGUCCAAAUUCAACCAGGCUAUUGCUCACCCUGGCGAGAUGGUGGGGGCGCUGGCUGCCCAGUCCCUGGGCGAGCCGGCCACUCAGAUGACCCUGAACACCUUCCACUACGCCGGUGUCUCGGCCAAGAACGUGACGCUGGGCGUGCCCCGACUCAAGGAGCUGAUCAACAUCUCCAAGAAACCCAAGACGCCCUCGCUGACCGUCUUCCUGCUGGGGCAGUCUGCCCGAGAUGCCGAGAGGGCCAAGGACAUCCUUUGCCGCCUGGAGCACACGACCCUCCGCAAGGUGACCGCCAACACCGCCAUCUACUACGACCCCAACCCGCAGAACACGGUGGUGGCCGAGGACCAGGAGUGGGUGAACGUCUACUACGAGAUGCCCGACUUUGACGUGACCCGCAUUUCCCCCUGGCUGCUGCGCGUGGAGCUGGACCGCAAGCACAUGACCGACCGCAAGCUCACCAUGGAGCAGAUUGCCGAGAAGAUCAAUGCUGGCUUUGGGGAUGACCUCAACUGCAUUUUCAACGACGACAACGCGGAGAAGUUGGUGCUGCGGAUCCGGAUCAUGAACAGCGAUGAGAAUAAGAUGCAAGAGGAGGAGGAAGUUGUGGACAAGAUGGAUGACGACGUCUUCCUCCGCUGCAUUGAGUCUAACAUGCUGACGGACAUGACGCUGCAGGGUAUCGAGCAGAUCAGCAAGGUCUACAUGCACCUGCCCCAGACGGACAACAAGAAGAAGAUCAUAAUUACAGAGGACGGGGAGUUCAAGGCCUUGCAGGAGUGGAUUCUGGAGACGGACGGCGUGAGCCUCAUGCGGGUGCUGAGUGAGAAGGACGUGGACCCCGUGCGCACGACCUCCAACGACAUUGUGGAGAUCUUCACGGUGCUGGGCAUCGAGGCCGUCAGGAAGGCCCUGGAGAGGGAGCUGUACCACGUCAUCUCCUUCGACGGCUCCUACGUCAACUACCGCCACUUGGCGCUGCUGUGCGACACCAUGACGUGCCGCGGCCACUUGAUGGCCAUCACCCGGCACGGCGUCAACCGCCAAGACACGGGGCCCCUCAUGAAGUGCUCCUUCGAAGAGACGGUUGACGUGCUGAUGGAAGCGGCCGCCCACGGGGAAAGUGACCCUAUGAAGGGCGUCUCGGAGAACAUCAUGCUGGGCCAGCUGGCGCCGGCAGGCACCGGCUGCUUCGACCUCCUCUUGGACGCCGAGAAGUGCAAAUACGGCAUGGAGAUCCCCACCAACAUCCCGGGGCUCGGCGUGGGGGGACCUACUGGCAUGUUCUUUGGGUCUGCUCCCAGCCCCAUGGGUGGAAUGUCGCCCGCCAUGACCCCCUGGAACCAAGGCGCCACGCCAGCAUAUGUGGCAUGGUCUCCUAGCGUUGGUAGCGGAAUGACUCCGGGGGCAGCCGGCUUUUCACCCAGCGCCGCCUCCGACGCCAGCGGCUUCAGCCCCGGCUAUUCUCCAGCCUGGUCGCCCACCCCAGGGUCCCCGGGGUCUCCAGGACCCUCCAGCCCGUACAUCCCAUCGCCAGGUGGGGCUAUGUCUCCCAGCUACUCCCCGACCUCUCCUGCCUAUGAGCCUCGUUCCCCAGGAGCGUACACACCGCAGAGCCCCAGCUACAGCCCCACAUCGCCUUCCUACAGCCCAACCUCUCCGUCAUACUCCCCCACCAGCCCCAAUUACAGCCCCACCAGCCCCAGCUACAGCCCCACGUCGCCCAGUUACUCUCCAACUAGCCCCAGCUACAGCCCCACGUCGCCCAGCUACAGCCCCACCAGCCCCAGCUACAGCCCCACGUCGCCUAGCUAUUCUCCAACCAGCCCCAGCUACAGCCCUACAUCGCCCAGUUACUCUCCGACCAGCCCCAGCUACAGCCCCACGUCCCCUAGCUAUUCUCCGACUAGCCCCAGCUACAGCCCCACGUCCCCCAGUUACUCUCCGACCAGCCCCAGCUACAGCCCCACGUCGCCCAGCUACAGCCCAACAUCGCCCAGCUACUCUCCGACCAGCCCCAACUACAGCCCGACGUCUCCAAACUACACCCCGACUUCGCCCAGCUACAGCCCCACCUCGCCCAGCUACAGCCCCACGUCUCCGAACUACACCCCGACGUCUCCAAACUACAGCCCCACUUCGCCCAGCUACUCUCCGACCAGCCCCUCCUACAGCCCCACCUCCCCCAGCUACUCCCCCUCCAGCCCCCGUUACACCCCGCAGUCGCCGACGUACACCCCCUCGUCGCCCAGCUACAGCCCCAGCUCGCCCAGCUACAGCCCCACCAGCCCCAAGUACACCCCAACCAGCCCGUCCUACAGCCCCAGCUCCCCGGAGUACACCCCAACCAGCCCCAAGUACAGCCCCACCUCGCCCAAGUACAGCCCGACAUCGCCCAAGUACAGCCCGACAUCGCCCACCUACAGCCCCACCACCCCCAAGUACAGCCCCACCAGCCCCACCUACUCGCCCACCUCGCCCGUCUACACCCCGACCUCGCCCAAGUACAGCCCUACAUCGCCCACCUACUCGCCCACCUCCCCGAAGUACAGCCCGACAUCGCCCACCUACUCGCCCACCUCCCCGAAGGGCUCCACCUACUCGCCCACCUCCCCCGGCUACAGCCCCACGUCGCCCACCUACAGCCUCACCAGCCCGGCCAUCAGCCCAGACGACAGCGACGAGGACAACUGAGAGCGGGCGGCGCCUGUCGCCACGGAGACCGGUGGGCGGGUGACCUCCGGGCGGCGCGAUUGGAUGAAACGUUCGGAACCUUUCGGGAGGCGGCGAAAUCUCCGGUAGCUCCUGGCACCCUCCUGUUUGCAAGGGGCCUGGAAAAAAACGCAGGCGCAGAAGGCAAUUCUGCAAUGCUAAUACCUAUCUCUUUCACUCUUUCUCUUUCCAUCCUGCAAACCCACAGAGAACGUUUUGAUCUCCGUUCUCCUGUCGUUUUUAUCUUUAAAAAGAAAACACUGUAAAUAAUCGUAUAGACUACCUAGUGAAAUCAGCAAACACGGACCCUGUUUGGGGGGGAAGGGGGAGUAGCUCACAUGCGCAUGAAGGGAGGUUUGGGGGCGCAGUCUCUCCCCCCCCCCCAGCGAGACGGAGCCCAUCCUGCGACCUCUCGCAAACCGUUUUUCGGGAAACGUGAGAUUCGGAAGCUGCGAUAACUCCCUGCCAGCUUUCCAGCUUCAACGAUACAGUACCUUUUUCCGUACGUGUCUGUCAGAAAUUAUUUAUGUUUAAAAACCUUAGAGAAAGUUUCUUGAUUAAGGUGCGUUGCAUUAAUGUGUUCACUUUUCUGCCGGGGGGGGGGUCGAGGGGAGGGGAACGUCCGAUAAAUAAGAAGCUCUGGAGAGAAAUUGUUUUUAAGUCUUAUACUUUUGUCGGGGGGGGGGGCUGAUACUUCCCUCCCUUUUUCAAAGCAUGUUUGGAAGUUCAGAACUGUUCCCUGGCUCGGCUCGGCUUGUUGGGGGGGCUUGAGAGCUCCUUGAGGGGGGCAUCCUUGUCGCGCAUCCCUCAGCAGUGGGGCCGAGCGGGGCCAGGACAAUUAAACCGAUGUCAUUUUGUUGGGUGUUUUGGAAUCCUUGCUUUUUCUGUGAGCGCAAAACUCUGUAUGUAACUUUCUGAAAGAAAAUAAAAAUAAAAUAAUUUUUAAAAACUCCCAACCUUGUGCCUUUGACAAAUUCUUUUUUAAGU